UGCCUUCCCAUGUCCGACAUAAUCUUCAGGUUUGAACUAUGCCAGGGCCUGCCACUGCAUCGGUACGGUCGGUCCAAUCUUCGGUAUGCUCUUUUCAGGUACCAGUUAGUUUAUAUAUUUGUAAUAGAAGAGAAUAUACUGCCUAUUAAACCAUUGCACACAUUGCUACUCACAAUGGGACAAGACAGCCCGGGCAGGAGCGCGCGGUAACGCGCUCCCAGCUCUGCUCGAGACAGCUGUCGGUGUUUUUGAUGGUAAAAAGAGCCGUUAAUAAUUUAAAUUACAAGGUGGCGCUUCGGGCUCGGGGCCUGAACUUCGUGUCCCGAACCCCGCAGCCUUGCGACGUGCCUGCGGCUGUUAAAUGCGGCAAAGCACUCGGAAAAGCGGCAGCAAAGCGACGCCGUCAAGCGCUCCGGAAAGCAUUUCGUUUGAAACUGAAGGAGAACAUUAAAGAGGCUGCCCCGGAAACUGUAAAAGUCGCUCCUCAGAAGAUUACCAAGCCUAAGAAAGCGGGCCCCGGUGUGUCAGAUCUCAUCGUCAAGGCAGUGUCUGCUUCCAAGGAGCGCAGCGGGGUGUCUUUGGCCGCGCUGAAGAAAGCUUUGGCGGCCGGCGGUUACGAUGUGGAAAAGAACAACUCCCGCGUCAACACGGCAGUCAAGAGCCUGGUCAGCAAGGAGACCCUGUUGCAGACCAAGGGCGUCGGCGCUUCUGGCUCCUUCAAACUCAACAAUAAACGUGCUAAGCAGCCCAGGAAGUCUCCCAAUAAAACGAAGAGAGCAGCAGCGUGGCUUUUGCGGAAAGGAAACUAUGCUCAGCGUGUGGGCGCUGGAGCCCCGGUCUAUCUGGCCGCGGUGCUCGAGUACCUGACUGCUGAAAUCCUAGAGCUGGCCGGGAACGCUGCCCGGGACAACAAGAAAACCAGAAUCAUCCCGCGUCACCUGCAGCUCGCUGUCCGCAACGACGAGGAGCUUAACAAGCUGAUGGGAGGUGUCACCAUCGCUCAGGGCGGAGUGCUGCCCAACAUCCAGGCUAAGAAAAUGGCAAGAACCAAGCAAACUGCGCGUAAGUCCACUGGGGGAAAGGCGCCUAGGAAACAACUCGCAACCAAGGCUGCCCGCAAAAGUGCUCCUGCUACUGGCGGUGUGAAGAAACCUCAUCGUUACAGGCCCGGUACUGUGGCUCUGAGGGAGAUCCGGCGCUAUCAGAAAUCUACUGAGUUGCUGAUCCGUAAACUGCCUUUUCAGCGUCUUGUCAGGGAAAUCGCCCAGGAUUUCAAAACUGAUCUGCGCUUUCAGAGCUCCGCAGUUAUGGCGCUGCAGGAGGCGAGCGAGGCUUACCUGGUCGGGCUCUUCGAGGAUACCAACCUGUGUGCCAUUCACGCCAAGAGGGUUACCAUCAUGCCCAAAGACAUCCAGCUGGCCCGCCGCAUCCGAGGAGAACGCGCUUAAUCUGUAAACUAGUUAAAACAAACGAAACCCAAAGGCUCUUUUGAGAGCCAACCUCAUUUUCACAAAAGCGUUAGUCCUGUUACGAAUUGUUUUUAUAUAAUUUAACUGUAUGCAGUUACAGUGUGCUGAUGCCCUCAGAUUCAUAAACACCGCUAUUAAUAAACAUGUCUUUAAUUGCUCUUUUAAAUUCAAGUAAAUAUACAGUUAGUGUAUGUAUGAGUACGUUUUUAAUCGGAAUUAAAUAAGGUGUUUUUAUGGUGUAUGACGGCAGAAAUAUAUAACAAAGUGGUUGUUUGACAAUAAACAAAAACUACAACAGGGCACGUUAUAAACUCCACUUGCUAGUAAUGUGUUGUGUGUUUUUCAUGUGUUGGAAUUGCUGCUGUGUGUUGUUUAAUUGCAGUCUGCAGUUUACUGUAAUAUGCCUUAUAUUUGUAGUGGAAAUACAAAGGUAUUCCAAUGCAUUAAUCGAUAAAUCAGAAAAUAAAACAAUAACAAACAUUACUUCAUUUAAGAAUGCUUCUAAUGUAAAAAUAAAUAAAAGUAAAUGCUGUAAAACCAUGCUCAAUUACUAUGAGAAAGGCAGCGUGUGCUGUGUUAACAACACUUAACACAAAGUCUUUAAUUACUCAGUUUUGCACCUCCCACAUUUGAAAUAUUGUCUGAACAGUUGUGGAUAGCCUAUACAUAUAUAUCUACAUGUAUUGUUACUUUAAAUAGACAUCUAAUGAUUGUAUUUUAAAAACAUACUGAAGUAAGAUGUUAAUCGUUGUGCUUCACUGCUGCAUCCUGUAGUUUUGGUUAGUUUAAUAGUGUGUUGAAUUUUAUCUGAUUAGAGAGGUUGUUUAUAUGACAGUAUGAGGCAUUUCCUUUGAUAUUAGGUCUUACUAGCAUAUAGUGAUACGUUUUCAAAAUGUAUUGUACAUUUUCAUGCAGGGAGAAAAUCCAAAUAAAGCAUUUUAUUUUA